GCUUCGGUCCAUGCAAGUGAAACCCUCCUCGCGUUUUAUUCACAUUAAAUUCAAAGUGUCGUUCACUGAUUCUACUGUUUUCUCGCGUCGUUCGGGAAGUCUACUGUUAAGUUUGUCCCACGCCCCGCUUCGUAACCACAUGACUGCUGUGGAGGAGAUCGUCUCCGUUAGCAACAUGUCGUCGCGGGUCGUGUCGUGGCUGUGGUUGUUGUUGUUGUUGUUGUUGUUGUUGUUGUUGUUGUUGUUGUUGUUGUUGUUGUUGUUGUUGUUGUGUACAGUGUCGGUGUGUGGAGCGAGCGUGUGUCCGUGUGAGAGGCCGGAGCUCUGCCAGCAGAUCCGUCCGCGGAGGGACUUCGAGGUGUUUUUGUUUGAUGUGGGCGGACAGACAUGGAAGUCUUACAACUGGAGCAUGGUGACGACAGUGGCGACGUUUGGAAAAUAUGAUGCUGACCUCAUGUGUUACGCUCACUCCAAAGGAGCUCGAGUCGUCCUCAAAGGCGACGUUCCCCUCUCCGCCAAUGUAGACCAAGAUAACAGGACAGCGUGGAUAACAGAGAAAGUCAACUUGGCCAAAAGUCAGUUCAUGGAUGGAAUCAACCUCGACAUUGAACAAGCGGUGGAGGAGGGCUCGCCAGAGUACCAUGCUUUGACAGAUCUGGUCAAAGAGACCACUGAGGCGUUCCACCGGGAGAUCCCAGGAUCACAGGUCUCGUUCGACGCUGCCUGGUCCCCAAGCUGUGUCGACGGGCGCUGCUACGACUACGUCACAAUCGCUGAAUCCUGUGACCUGCUGUUCGUCAUGUCCUACGACGAGCAAAGUCAGAUCAUGGGGGACUGUAUCGCAAUGGCAAACGCUCCGCUCAAUCAAACACUAAAUGCUUACGAGGAGUAUUUGAAUCUGAAGAUCGAUCCAAAGAAGCUGGUGAUGGGAGUUCCGUGGUACGGCUAUGACUACGUUUGUCUCAACCUUUCCCAGGAGGGAAUCUGCUCUAUAGCCAAAGUUCCUUUCCGUGGCGCUCCCUGCAGCGAUGCAGCCGGGAAGCAGAAACCAUACAAGUGGAUCAUGAAGCAGGUCCAGGGCUCGAUGUCUGGCAGGAUAUGGGACAGCAAGCAGGAGGCUCCCUACAUCAAUUACAAGGACCAAAAAGGACAUAUUCAUCAGGUUUGGUAUGAUGACCCACAGAGUAUUUGUGCCAAGGCGGACUAUGUGACAUCUAAAGGCUUGAGGGGCAUUGGCAUGUGGAACUCCAACAUCUUGGACUACAGCGGCGAAGCUGUCGCCAGGCAACAGACCGCAAUGAUGUGGAAUGCUCUGUUGGGAUGCUAGCUGGGAUACACUCAACACUGCUGCAGAAAUGUACACC